AUAUCUAUCAGAUAAUUUUAAUUUUUUUUUUUUUUUAAUAAUGGCUAGAAAAGGUGUUAAUACUAAAGUUGAAGCUGCUAAUAAUCGUAAAGCACAAGCUAAGGCUGAAAAGGAUAAGGCAAAGAGAGCUGAACUAGAAGCUUUAGAGGAUGCUAAAUGGUCUAAGGGUGCAAAGAAGAACGAUAAGAAGGAAGCCGAAGCUGCAAAAAAGGCCGCUGCUUUACAAAGAAAGUUAGAGGCCCAAAAGCAAUUGGCUGAAGAAGAGAAGGCUUUGAAUAAGCCCAAGGCGCCUAAGCCAAACUACAUGAAAAAGACAUCUAUCUAUACUACGGAGAGAACGACUGCCAAGAAAUCCAAUAUUCCUACUAGCUUGACUAAUGAAGAAGAGCAACAAUCUCAGGCUACUAAGCCCAUCCUUACUGAAAAGGAUAUUGAGAAGCAUCCUGAACGUCGUUUCAAGAAUGCUUUAAAGGCAUUUGAAGAAAGAGAACUCAAGAACUUUAGAGCCCAAUAUCCUGGUCUUCGUUUAAGUCAACUUAAAGAAAUUAUGUACAAGGAGUUCCAAAAGUCUCCUGAAAAUCCUUUCAAUCAAUCUAAUGUAUAUUCUUAUAAUACUUCUCUUGAGGAAAUUAACCGUAAGCUUCGUGGUGAACCUGAACCUGCUGAGGAAGAGGAGGAAAAUGAUGAAGAAGAAAAUGAAGAAUCAUCUGAUAAGAAAACUGAGGAGGAAACCUCUGCUGCUCAAGUGACGGCCAAUAAAAAGGCUGGCACUUCUUAUUGAAAUCAAAAUUCUUUAUAAUCAAAACACUCUCCUCUUCUUCUUCUUCUUUCCAUAUUUUUGGAGUGAAGAGGAAGGUAAGGCUGAGAAGACAAGCAAUGCCUCUGGUGUCUCUUUCCAGUGCAACCUCGAUGAAGCCCCUUUUCCAGUACAUGGAAUCGAUCCUUUCCCCCUCGAGGGCAGUACUAUACAAAUGCAUUUUAUCAACAAGAUUCAUUUCGUACAAAGGAGAUUCCUGCUUCUAGCCUCGGGGGGUACCAUGUAUGGUUGGUUGAUCUAGUUAUUAAUGUAUUAAUUUAUUAUUUACCAUAUUUAAAAUAAAGUUUGAUCUUUUUUUUUUAAUUAUUAUCAAAAGAUCUGAUAAUUUUUUUUUUACUCUAAGUUACGGCUGAAUUAUUAAGUUCUUAUCAGAUUAUAAAAAUUAC